GUCUCGACUCGCCUCCAUUCAAUGAUCCUGAUAUCUAAUUACCCGUGCUAGUUGUCCAGCCUGGGGGUGAUCUCGGCUCGCAGGAGGCUGUCCUUCUGCUACUUCUCCAGAUCAUACCUACCUUCUGGCUAGAACGCUCUCUUCUUCUUUGUGUUUUACAAUCUUCAGUCGUCCCUCGUUGCAUUCGUCCCCUCCCCCUCUUUCCUUUCGGACACCAGCAGACUCGCUACACUUCUUGCUUCACACUGCGACAUUCUUUUUAUUUCUAUUUUUAUCUUUCUUUUCCUUCUUCACCGAUAAAGUCUCGCCUCCCAUGCAGUUCUCGUCAUGUCUCUCAAUGGGCUAGAUAAUCCCGCUGUCAUAGAAGCCUAUCAAACCGCUUUAACCGAAGCGGGAGGAUGGUUUCUUCUCCAGUAUGUAUCAAGGGAUGAAGUGGCUCUACUCGAUCGGGGGACCGGCGGGGUGCCCGACGUACGGAAUGCGAUCGACGGUUAUGAAGAAAAGUCUCCGCUUUAUGGUUUUCUACAAUAUCGUCGCAGGAAGGUCGUGCUCAGCUAUCUACCGGAGGGUAUCUCUCGGCUCGUACAAGGUAUAUCCUUAUUACCCGUCAUCCCAAUCUCCACUCUUACUGAUGAGAUCUUGCGCCCACCCUCAGCCCGUACAACCGUGCAGUUUCAGUCGAUUCUGGACAAAUUCACUCCACAUGAUACUGUAUUCUCUCUUUCACAGCCAUCGGAGCUCACUGAGAGCGCACUAUCCUCCGCAUGUCUACUACAUACCGCUUCAGGUUCUAUCACCUCCUCCUCGAAUUCCCUCCGCCGUCGCAGGCUGAUGGAAAUCGCGGAAGAUGCAGAGGAAACCCCCGGCAGCAAAGACGCUUCGCCACCGCCAAUCUCGACCAAAGACUUUCGGCAAAGAUCGUUCAGCCAACUAUCAGAAGCAACCAUCGUCGCCUCGCCGGUCACGUCCGACGCACAUUCUAUUCGCCAUGGCACCGAGACAUCAUCCCCGACGAAACCACCGGAUGAUACCCAAGCCAACGAUCGUCCUCCUUCGAUUGCCGGCGACCACCACUCCGAGCGUCCGGCUUCGCGUAAGACCUCGCGGGACGAGCUGUCAUACUCCGAGCCUCGAAGGUCUUCUCAAUCAGCUAGGCUAUCUUUAAAAGAGCUAGAACGUACAGGUGUGUACAAACCAAAGGUCAAGCUCGGUCCUCGGCCUUCGGUAGAUGAAAGUGGACGGCCACGCACCGCAGGGAAUCUGUCACGAAGCGCAGAACAGCGACCGGUCGCUUCCUUGCCAGCUGGCAUGCGGUCGUCUUCCCUGCGAAGGAGCAAUCCUAAUCCCGCUCGUCCCCGAUCCCAGGGAAGCACUGUAGCAUCUAUGUCUGGCCGAACGGUCCCUCCGGUGCCUCCUUUACUCGUACCUCCCCUGUCGAUGCCUAUUUCUAGACCCCAACUGUCGCCUGGUGCAAAGUCAUUAAGCGCAUUAUCAUCUUCCGGGACAUCCCAGGAAAGGGAACGGCUAAUGAAAGCGCUUCAGUUACGGAAAACACAGAUGGAGAAAAGGGCACAAGAAGGGAAGAAAGUUCACCGAGACGUUGAAGAGAGAAAAGAAUCACAAUUCGACCCGAUUGAGGACAAGGAGAACAUUCAUCAUGCCCAUGACAACAUAAAACGUGUUCAAGCAGACGAGAAUAAGGCUAGUGUUCUAGAGCAUAGCAAGGGUCCCCUGUCGGAGACUCAGCCCACCGUUGUUCCAGAGCCAGUCGAGGUAUACGAUGAGCACAUGAAGGCCGUUUCGGAUACCGUAAACUCAGAUUCAACCCCUGACAUGUCGAUCACUGAUCUGCGAGACAUUUCUGAAACAAGUGCGGAAAACCCGGGCGAUGCUAAAGAGCCUUCAAAGAUGGACCACUUCCAUACCGCACAGUCGGCUUCUAUGCUUGAAGAUGACGUUGUUGGAGAGGAUUUGACUAAGUCAAUUGACGAAGAGACUAAAAGUGGUCCCGGCUCGCCUAGCGCGGGCAAAGAAGUCCCACUUGAGGAGAGGUCCCUCAACAUUCCAGACGAAGAAAUUGCCGUGCGUUCUCCACCAGCCGAGAAUCCUCUUGCUCCUGUUGAACAGGAGACCGACGCCAUUGGAGAACCUGCCGAGUCUGCCCUGCCUCAGUCCAUCCCCGUACUUUCGACCCCCGAUUCUCGCACAAGUUUAACUUCCGACUCCCCGACAACCCACGAGACUCACAUUACUGAGACCCAGAAUGACCUGACCCCUGAAGUGUCGGUCACGGAGCAAAAGGACGUCGAUACCCGGAAGGAAAAGCGUAGACCUCACCUUGAACCUAUUCAAGUGCCAACACCGGAUUAUUCGGAUGACGAUAAUCUUUCCGAUGAUUCAUUCAUGGAGGAAUUAAAGAGCGCCACACUAGAGGAAGCCAAGCCCAUUUCAGUUGGGAACUCGCCGCUAUCCCCGGGCUAUUCUAAUAAUGGAAACGACCGAAGCCCCCCUGAUGCAUGGAAAAAUUCACGAGCGGUUUCCAACCCAAGUGCUAUCGGACGCCAACCACCCAACAUACAUGCACUAGCUGUGGGAAGGUCUGUAUCGACACCUUAUAAUGAAGCUGAUAGCUCUGUCCUGGUGGCUAAGAAGAUCAAUGUGUCUUCGGGCAUCUCAAAACGCAUCGCAGCCUUAGAGAAAUUUUCGAGCCGUAGCGAUGCGCAACCAAGCCCGAAUCAGAACCUAACAGCACCUUCGUCGGCUUCCUUCGAGGCUCUUAGGAAGAGAGCCUCCGUCUCAUUGAAUGGCAAUUCAGACUCAGCGCCAGGGUCUAGGCAUGGAUCGUUCACUCCUGAAAGUUUCUCUCGAGCUUCCAGCGUGAGGCGCCCCGACUCACAAUCCAGUGCAAGCGUCAAACGAACAAAUUCAGUGUCGGUUACAGCCCGGAUAAUUCGCGACUCAAAUACUACUCCAGGAGAUUCCAAGGCUGAUCCUUCAGAGAACAGCAUGCUCAAUCUCCACGCUAGUCCCCUGACAGUUGAACAUGACGCCUGCGACUCUCCUUCGCCCCAUCCGUCGCCAGAACCUAUGGCUAGCAUGUCGAAAGAGCGCAGCAUGUCUCCGUCUUCCGUCGGCUCGAGUAACCAGCCUCCUGCACAGUCAAUGCCACGCUCAGAGAGUCGGAUGUCUAUCUCUUCUGCCACCAAGAAUGAAGGCACUUCAAGUCCUGUCGUGGAUGUCCCUUUGUCUCCGGAAGGAAAGAAAGAAUCUCGCGCAUCUCGACUUCUUCGUCGUAUGUCAUCUAUUACCUCAACUUCGCGGAAGAGUACAUUUAGCUCACUAGGCCCGGUGGUUAAAGAAGAAAGCACGCCGCUUGAUACAGGAGUCGAGACCGCGCAGGCAGUCGAUAUCGGAGAGGUCAAUGUCCAGUUUCCUGACACGCUCCUCUGGAAGCGACGAUUUGUUCGCGUCGAUGAUAAGGGGUACUUGAUUCUGACUCCUGGAAAUAUUGAUUCAAGUAACCGCAACAUGGUCAAACGAUAUCAUCUUAGUGAAUUUAGGACGCCCGCUUUGCCGGAUGAGGAUCGACAGGAGCUUCCAAACAGUAUCUUGCUAGAUUUCCUCGACGGGAGCACUCUUCAAUGCGCCUGCGAAUCGCGACAAGGGCAAGCCUUUGUCCUUCAAACUCUUGUCGACGCUCACAACGCCCAUCAACAACUGUCUCAAUAAAUCGGCAAACACUCUUACAUUCGUUUAAAGCUGUAUACAAAUGUACCCUGUUAUGGAACCCUCGUCCGUCUUUUUGUCUUGUUUCCUUUUGGUAUCUGAGUUUUCAGCGGUAUACCCCUCUAAAAACGGUUUCCCUUUGUUUACCAGCUGUUCCUACUUAGUUCUCAGCAGACAGAUCUUGCAUUUCUCUUCAACCUUAGAGCGUGUUUUUCUUAUUGGCUUUUACUCGUUGUUUGAUGAGAUGCAUGAUCUUAUGAUUUAGACCUAUUGCCCAACAGCGAACCAACCGCUGUUUGACACGGGGAGGAUCAGUAACUGACUUGUCAUCUUCAUUCCUUCCCUUAUAUCCUCUCGUGAAUUCUUUGGUAUGGGGUGAUUGAUUCAUUCUACGCCUAGACUUGUUGCUGGAUUUGGAUACCUACAUGGGUUAUCAGGCCUCGAUACCUAUCAAUGCCAGCGGAUUGACAGCAAUGCAUUGAAAAGUUCAACUCGUCUCGUAUCUUCUCCUUCCUUAAAUGUGUAUAGAUUCGUCAUUUUCUCUAUUGAC